AUGUACAGCCCCCUGAUGGCAAACAUCAAAUUUCUAGGAGGUCUUAGUGCUUUUAUUGUGACUGUAGCAAAUAGAAGCAAUUACUUCAAUCAGAUUUACUUUGCAUCUAAUUACUUAUUGGAGGCAUUGAUAAGCAGCGGCCCUCUAAUAAUAAUUUAAUCCUUAUGUGUGAUAGAAUUUGAUUUUGAAAGAGAAUACUACAUUCAAAGUCUAUUCUUCUCUGUUCUUUGCUUUGUUGUUAACUUUGCUUUUGGAAUUUAUAUGCUUGCCGAUGGAAUCAAAGUGGAUGUAGUGACCAGUAAACACCUUAAGUUGAAACAAAUCGAAUGA